UAUGUUAUAUUGAAAUGUAUUGAAAUGUAUUGAAUGAACUCAAUAGUAGUUAAGAGUCGAGUAUUUGACUCGAAUAGCAAUUUCUAAUACUAUUGAGUAAUCAAUUGACUGAUUGACUGAUCUAUCAAUUGGUCACUCAUUAAGACAUUGACUGAGUUGUGGACAAAGACACUGAUCUUCAGAAAUGGCCGACAAAUUAGACGACUUUUUUGCCAAAAAAGAUAAAAGUAGAAAAUCAAAAGUGAAGAAUAUUACCACUGAAGACAUGGCUAAGACAUUGGAAGAAAGCGGCAAAAGAAGUGAAAAGUUAAAGAAAUUAAAGGAUAAAACCAGUAAUACUAAUAUGAAUCCAAUUCUCAAUAAUCAAGAGGCUGACGAGGAAUGGUUAGAGUUAGAAGAAGAUCGCGAAAAGGAUUACUCAGGCCUUAAGAUAACAACUCUUAAUAUUAAAGAUAAAGAAGAAGAGUUUAGGGAACAACAAAAGCAAGACAUGGAGGACGAAAAACAAAAGGACGGACAGUUGGGUCCGUGGAAAGUGGCCACUCCUGGCACUGACACAGAGUCUGAGGCCGAUAAAAAUGAAGAGAUAAACAUCAACGAUGUGGUAGUGACGCCAAUACCUGUUGCCGCCGCCGCCGCCACACAGGGUGGUCGCUAUGUUCCCCCACAUCUGCGAAAUCAAUCGCAAACCUCCUCUACUAACACAUCAUUAAAUCCCAUUUCAUUGUCGUCAACUCGUCGACCAAAAGGAGGUGCGCCUAAAAUUGGUGAUAUCGUUGAGUUCCCGACAUUGGGUGCCAUCGAUACAAAUGAAGACAAUAAAGGCUUUCAAACCGUCAAAUCGGGAAAUACUAGAGAUUUAGUGAACAAGAAUUCAGCAAAUGUUACGUUAGAUAAUAAAUAUGGUUUACUAACAAAAGCGCUUCAAAAUAGCGAUUAAAUUUAAUUUAAUAUAAUUUUAGUGAAAAUUUUGCUAUUGAAUUGAAAAUGAUUAUUACCGGUACGGUAUAUACAAUUUUAUUAAGAUAUAUAUAUUUAA